AUGACGAAUAAACAGCACAGAAAAUUUGAGAAGGUGGUGUCCUUCUGUGCCGCCGUCGGGUUCUGCUUCGGACUCAUCAACAUUGAGGAAGUGCAACAUCAGCUGAAAGUCGAUGUCAUGAACUAUCAAGGGAGUGUCAAUGCCAAUGUCACGGAAGAUAGACUGAAGGUGUUAGACGAUGUUGUUGGACUGCAGACUAUUGUUGAUCAUGUCCAAACCAUCUUUAUAGUUGGUCUCGUCUACUACGGAAUCUACACCUUUGCUUCGCUUUUUAUGACGUAUGGAUCGUGUACGAGUAUCAGGAUGUUGCUUCUACCUUGGCUCGUGCUGGAAUUCGUUCCCCUUGCAGCCCAGGCCGCCUCCAUCAUCGCCCUCUUCAUGUAUGGCAAAGACGACCCCACUUUGUCCCAAGGAGGAGCGUACAUCAUCUCAGGACUCCUUUGCAUCUUGGCGUUCGUAAUUCACGUGUACUGGUGGAUGUGCCCCUUAGCUCUGUACCAAAGCUUGAAAGAAGAGACCAUGGUACAGCCGCUUGUACCUCCCUCUCAUCCGAUGUACCCUCCAGCACUUUUGAAGUACUAA